UGGAUGCGGGUGUGUCAUGUUUGAAAGCGUCCAAACCGCUAGCCCGCUAGCCUAUUAGCAGGAGAACAUAAAGAGUUCUUGAGUUCAUCUUGGAUGAGAUGUCGAGAGUGGGAGCUGAAGCGGAGCUGCAGACUCUAGCGGAGUGUCACUACAGCUCCCCAGAUGAAACUCUGUCUGAUCUUCAGAAAGUUCGCUCUCUCUUCUGUGAUCUUCGUCUCUUUGUAGAUUUUUACUGUUUUCCAAACAAAGAGAAGAAGAAGCUGGUAUAUUUAUCAGGGACGGUUCCUGUUCUCUACGAAGGAAGUGAGUAUAAUAUCCCAGUGUGCAUCUGGCUUCAUGAGACCCACCCGCUGUCCAGACCUCGCUGUUUCAUCUGUCCCUUCGUCUCCAUGGUGAUCAACCCGUCCUCUAGCGUGGACGCCUCCGGCAACAUUCACCUAGACGGACUCACUAACUGGACUCAUGGCGUGUCAAACCUGUCAUUGCUUGUGUCAGAGAUGAGGCGGGCCUUCCAGAAGGACAUGCCCCUUUAUGCCAGGUCUCCUGUGAAAGCCCCGUCCCCUGCAGGUGUGCAGGUGCCUGCCCAAAGCAUCCAUUAUUCCUCCUCCAUCUCCUCCACCAGCCCCACCUCUCCCUCUUCCUGCUCGUCCUACUCCUCUCCCCAGAGGCCUAAUCGCUCCUUCACCUCGUCCCAGAAAGCGAGCCAAUGGAAGCAGGGCAAGGAGGUUAGGGUGAGGAGGUCGUACACUGAGGAGUUGCUGGGAAUUGACUUUAGUGCACCUCAUCCUUCAUCUUCCUCCUCCAACAACCCUUUCCUCAGCUCCUCUCCCUCAGGUGGUCCCUCUGCAGACCCUCUCAGCUGGAAGAUGGGGGCACUCAGGCUGGACGGAGAGUCCAGCAGAAACCAGCAGGGUGACUCACCUCUUCAGACGGUCCAAUCGGAAGAAGCCAGAGACAGACACAAAACAAGCUCUGUGGUUCUGGUUCAAGAUUCUGGACCAACUGCUAGAGUUGACCUUAUCAAGAUGGCGGCUUGUCUUCCUCCAGACCAGGCAGCCAGCUUCCUGUCACUGGCCACUAUGGAGGGGCGGGGCUUCAGUCCCUCUGAUGUCAUGGAGGCAGUCCAGCUAAGCAAAGAUUUCCCAUCAGCCCUCCGCUUCCUGACUCACAAUUGCCCCAUCUGUCAGGAGCAGGUGUCCUUCAGCAAGAUCAUCACCAUGACUCACUGCGCCUGUUUCUUGUGUCAGACGUGUUUUAAGGCGUUUUUCUUGUCAGCCAUUAAAGAGAAGACCAUCGAUCAGCUCGUUUGUCCUCAGUGUGGCCAACCUGAGGUCAAAGGUCAGGAAGAAAUGGAAUACUUCAACCUGCUGGACACACAGAUCCGUCACUUUCUGCCACCUCAGAUCCAUGAGCUAUUCCAGAGGAAACUCCGAGAUCGAGCUCUGCAGGACAUGCCAGACUUCCGCUGGUGUGCUCAUUGUUCAUUUGGCAUGCUUCAUGAAGCCGACCGGUUGAGGAUCGACUGUCCCAGCUGUAUGAAGAGUACGUGCUGUCAGUGCAGAUCUCCUUGGUCUCCUCAACAUCACGGACUGACCUGUGACCAGUUCAGAGCCUGGAAGCAGCAGAACCAUCUGGAUCCCCACACCACCUCCAGCUACACCAGCAUUGAGUGUCCGAACUGUCAGGUGGUCUUCAGUCUGUCUAGAGGAGGUUGUCUUCACUUCACCUGCAGUCAGUGUCAGCAUCAGUUCUGUGGAGGCUGCAGUCAGACCUUCACCACCGGCUCCACCUGUAGUUUCUCUGCCGACUGUGUGACCAAAGGUCUUCACGCCCACCACCCCAGAGACUGCCUUUACCACCUGAGGGACUGGAGCGUGACCCGUCUACACCUGCUGCUCCAGCAUUACAGAGUGCCUCUCACCUGGUUGGAACCAGCUAAUAGUAGCUCACUUCGCUCCAGUCAGACAGGGGUGUGUUUGGUUUUGGAGCUGAGAGACAACAGCAGGGGAGAGGAGGAGCCAUGCAGACGACCCGCUCUCCAUGAAUACAGGGGAUACUGCCAGUUGCACUAUAAAGAGAGUUUGGUGGAGCUGAUCAACCGUUGCCGUGCCGACCCAGGAGUCCUCUUCAGCCAGGCAGAGAUCAUCGCGGAGCUGCAGCGCUGGCACGUUGCCAUGCCAACCAAGGAGCCAGAAGAACCAGAAUCGCUGUACACACACCGCCUCCGCCUGACUCUGAACAAUAGCGUUCCUCUCAGAAAGCGGUGAAAACCUCUGGCACCAUCCGUGACACCUCCUUGCCUGCUGCGGUAGUGGCCUACUCCACCCACACCCACAGUGUUUGUGACCAAUAACUUUAAUUUAUUGAUUUUUGCGACGGUGCGUUGGUAAUGGUAAAAACCUGUUAUAUCAUCACGUCAGUGGGCAUGGCCAGUAUCUGCUGUUUUGGUCUGUGGUUCUGUUUAGGUGCUGGGGGGGGUCCUCCUUCCCUGCUCUGCUUCCUGACAUUUGAACAGGAUGAUGAGCUCAUUAUCGGUCAUUGUCUCUGAAAUAUUACUUUAAUAUUAUUUGCAGAUGAAAGACAACAUACGCCUCUAUAUCGACUAAUACGGAUUAGAGCCAUUAUUGAUAAUACUGUGAUGCCUGAAGGAAGGAAAGAGACUUAUUGCACUCACAUGAUGACCUCAUUCUGUCUGUUACGGCUCUUGUUUGACAGGGUUGUAACGGAUUUGCGUUGCGAGGCAAAACUUGGUGUCCUGGAUCGGUCCCUGAGGUUGGAAGUUCUCACAGAGACACUCAGCUCAAACAGAAAGUAGUGAAUUACACCUCUGGGCUGGUUCAGAGAUUUCUUUGAUUUUCUUAAGGAAAACCGUCUUCUUGAAACCGGGUUCUCGAGGAGAACAAAGCCAUAAGCGCGUUUACAGGGGACUCGUUUAGGAUGUUUAUUUUUGAUCUAUUGUUCACUCCAACAUGGAGUCAAUACUUUAAAGUGUAGAUGUGUCUAUAUGAUAUGAGUGUGAAACCAGUUGGCUUCUUAACUCAACCAUGUGUGAAAUAAAUAAUAUCUAACUAUACUUUCUUCAUUCUUCACUUCAGUUUGUAAACUUUUUUUACAAAAAAGCACUUCAUACAUUUUAGUUUUAAGAUUAGAAAUCACUCAGAGCUUUGUGUUCAGAGGAAAAGCUGUAAAUAUUUUCUCUUCUACAAUAAUUGACUCACAUACCCCCAUCUCCAUCAACGGGACGGAGGUUGAGCGUGUUGCAAGUUCCUGGGUGACCCGUCCUGGUGAACUUCUACUGCUGCACCAUCGAGAGCAUCCUCACCAACUGCAUCACGGUGUGGUACGGCACUCGCUCUGCUGCAUAUCGGUGAAAACUGCCCAGCGCAUCACAGCAGUUUGCACUUCAAUUAUGCCACAUUUCGACUACCAUGCCAUUCAUAUUUACAACCUUGGUGCUUAAUGUAUAUACUGUAUAUACUCCACGUAUAUGUCAUACUGUACAUAUUCUUAUUUAUAUAUCACAUCGAUAUACUCUGCACUUUAUCGGCUUUCUUGCACUUCUGGUUAGAUGCUAAACUGCAUUUUCUUGUCUCAGUACCUGUGCUCCGUACGAUGACAAUAAAGUUGAAUCUAAUCUAAUUAAGAACUUUUGUCUCAGCGUUCUGACUCCAGAUCAGCUGAGAGACCAGAACACACUCUGGAGAGAAAUUACCCUUCUAGUACCUCCUCUACUUCAGAGCUGAAGGUCUGAAGCUGUGGAGAUGCUGCUGCGCCAGAAGACCACUCCAAAAACAAAGGCUGAUGCCAGCACACACUAAAAGAAGGUCCUCAGGAAUGCCCCCUGCACUCCAAAAGACCAUAGACUCCUCAGCAGUCUGCGGAAGUGAUAACCUCUCCAUAUAGAAUAACUACAAGCCAUAACGAUGAUUUUUGGCCUUUAUUCUGAAAAUGGCAUACCCAUGAUGAAAAAUGUGAUAACUCUGUAACUACUUUGUCUAUCUUGACAAUUGUUUCUGUGGGGAUAAAGCAAAACCCCUGUGAGUGUUCUGGUGUGUACAAAACAGUUGAUAUGUUACUAGUGAAUAAAUAAAUCAAUAUAACACACAAAAAAAUCUUUUACCUUACUUUACUUUUUUCUCCCAAUGACCGAUUGACUUAAAACUUUGCACACAGGUUAGGGUUAGGGUUAGGGUUAUCCGCAUGCUCUACAAAAAGUAAGAAAGAAUCCGCUCAUUAAGAUUUUCCACCAUUUUAAAUUUUGUCAGAGCCACUUCAUAUUUCGACAGAACAAUCCCAAUGUCUUGGUGAUUCAAAGUUCUUAAAAUCUUCUUGUUUCUGUGUUAAGCUGUUGCCAUGGCAACCAAUUCUUCACAGUAAAGACGCAGUGCUUUUGAGGGGGGAAAAAUGUUGGUUCAGGCACCGGUGUGUUUUAAAAGUAUCGUUUUAGCACUGGUAUCGAAUAUCGUUUGGGGAAAAACCCAAAUGAUACUCAUAAUAUCUACAAUUAUCCCAUAGUGGAUAAUUGUAAACAUUAAAAAAAAAUUGACUGGUAAGGGGCUGUAUAUGCCUUGGAAUUCUCGUUUCGAUACUACAUUUUCUCACUUUUUCAUGUACACACAGAGAUUUGACCAAAAAUGUUGUCAUGGAAAAGUCAUAGAAAUCCAUUGGUCAAAAUGUGUAUGAACUCUGUCUUUAAUAAUUUAAACCCUUUGAACAUUCCCCAGUACAGCAAGGUCCAUAGGUGAGUACGUAUACCUGGGGUCAAGGAGUGGAUGGGCCUUGUUUUUUUUUCCAACCACUGGUUCAGAGCCAGCAGUAGUUCUCGGUGUUCAGCUCCCGUUGACAGUGGCGGCAAAACACACAUGUCUUAAAUCUUAAAUCAUUUAAGGAACUUUUGAAAACAUCAUAGUACAUCAAUGUUUGUGAGCAAAGACCUGUCCAUCACUGCUUGCAGCUUUAAUUAUAUUUGUACUGUAUAGUUGUUCUGUUUCUGUUUUCCUUGUUUUUAUUCUUAUACAUAUUCCUUUUCUUAUUUAUUUUGUUUAUUCCUAUUUAUUGUACUAUUGUAUGUAAAUUGAGAACACAUGUAACUGGAGUCAACACGCAUACAUUGCAAAUAAAGCUGACUGAUUCUGAAA